UUUUUCUAGAACGCAAUCACCCGUUGAAUCAUACACAUCGUGUCCCAGUGUUGAGUGAAUUUUUCCGUCGAAAUGGCACCCAAAACCAGUGGAAAAGCUGCGAAGAAGUCUGGCAAGGCCCAGAAAAAUAUUUCCAAGUCCGACAAGAAAAAGAAGCGCAAGACCCGCAAGGAAAGCUACGCUAUUUACAUCUACAAAGUGUUGAAGCAAGUCCACCCGGAUACUGGCAUCUCUUCGAAGGCCAUGAGCAUCAUGAACAGUUUCGUCAACGAUAUCUUCGAACGCAUUGCUGCUGAGGCAUCCCGCUUGGCGCACUACAACAAGCGUUCGACGAUCACGUCCCGCGAAAUCCAAACCGCUGUUCGUCUGCUGCUGCCUGGUGAGCUUGCCAAGCACGCCGUCUCCGAAGGAACGAAGGCUGUCACAAAGUACACCAGCUCGAAGUAAGCCACUGAAAUGAUUGGCUUCGUUCUCUCAAAUCGGUCCUUUUCAGGACCACAAACCGCAUUCAAACAAAUAAUUAUCCUUCGUUUCAUCUGCACCAGCGAAUUAGCGCUUUAAUUUCAGGGUGUCCGUCUUCGUCAACGUAAUUGUUCAGUUUGUUGCGUUUGCCUGUACUAAAUGGCAUUAGUGCAGGUAAACGCAGCCAUAUCCUAAGUUUGUUUGCGAACUUUGUAUUGGAAACAAUGAUGCUGUGAUUGACAUUAAAGUUCUGGGUUGUUCAUUGUAAAUAUUAAUGUUAAAAAGAACCUUAGCACGUUUACAAAAACAUUAAAAAGAAGUCCGCACUGGUUGGAAGCGUUUUGCGAGGUGAAAUUGUAAAUGGAGUUUCGUGUAUCAUGAAUUAUGAAUAGAAGUCGUUUCGCUCGUUGUAUGACAA